AACAAGACUCUUCUAUCUCUUCUUUUGCCAAUUUCUCUCUGUUGGCUCUCUGAUCUUACACAUACAGAUAAACACGCCAUUCCUGUAAUAGCAGUACAUUUGGGACGAUGACUAAGCUUGCUUUGGCCACUUUUCUUCUGGUGGCUCUUCUUCUCGGCUCCUCCUUCUUUGACUCCACCAUGGCCGGCUCAAGCUUUUGCAACUCCAAGUGUGCGGUGAGGUGCUCAAAGGCGGGAAGGAAGGACCGGUGCUUGGAGUACUGCGGGAUUUGCUGUGGCAAAUGUCACUGCGUCCCGUCCGGGAGGUACGGCAACAAGGACGAGUGCCCUUGUUACCGGGACAUGAAGAACUCCAAGGGACAGCCCAAGUGCCCUUAGUGUGGUCCUUUUCUCGUUUGUUAGCAUGGCCUAUAUGAAUAUUCUGCUGCGUCUAUGAUUAUGCAGUCGUGGGUACGUUGUCCAUAUUGUUUUUUAUGAUUCU